GUACAACUUCACCUGAAAAUGCACUCUCGGAUCACCUCUGUGAAACAGAACAGAUAAAUGCAAAGAGGAAAGAUACAACCAGUGACCAAAACGAUGCACUAGAAAGCCAACAAGCAAAUGAACAAUGUGCCCAAGAGUCUGAACCAGCAGAGUCCUGUGAACAAGUACCUAUCCAAUCAAAUAAUGGUGAUGCAAGAAAGGAGACACCCAGCCCAUUGCCUUAUGAGGAAGAAAGUCCAGAAGCAAAGCUACCCGACCAUGGAUUUCAAAUCAAUUCCUGUUCUGUCCUUCUGGUGGAUAUAAAGAAGGAAAAGCCAUUUUUUAACCCCGAAGUUGAAUGGCAAACCCAAGCAAGGACUGACUGUAACCAGGCGCCUGAUGUAAUAGUGAUCAGCAGUGAGGACUCCGCAGAAUCCAGUGAUGGAGACGAGUCCCCAGAACCCUCCACAUCAGCACUGAGAAAGGCAUCUGUGACCCAUAACCUUGACUUUUUAGAAUCAAGUGAGGGAGGAGGGGCCAGAGAAGCCACCUGGAUCAGCAGUGGUGACACUUCAGAAUUGAGUAACGAAGAUGAGCCUCAGGAAACGUCUAGCUCAGUCCUAAGAAAUGGGUCAGGAAAAGAGCUCCAAGGACUUGAGAAAUGUUCCCGUGUCAUGUGUUUUUCAAAAAGUGUGUCUAGAAGCCAAGAAGCAAGGACUGAAAGUAGCCAAGUUGACAUGAUGGAUACCACGGAUACUGGAAGCAAUUCUACUUUGGGAAAACACAGUGAGAAAAGAAGGAGAAAAACAGUCAACACUGAGCCUUUGAAAAGAGGCAGAAAAAGAGGUCCAAGAAUUCCCAGAGAAACAAAUAUGGAUUUUCAGCUUCCUGAACUUCCUGUGACUUGUGGUGAGGCGAAGGGGAUUUUAUACAAGGAGAAAAUGGAAAAAGGCGCCUCGGAGAAGUGUAUACAGAAUGCAUAUGGAAAGUGGUUCACCCUCAGGGAAUUUGAAAUUGAAGGAAACCAUGAAGCAUCCAAGAACUGGAAGCUGAGUGUGCGCUGUGGGGGAUGGCCCCUGAAAACCUUGAUUCAGCCAGAAAACUCAAAUGAAUGCGAGGUAUGCCGUAGAAAGACCGCGCUGUUCUCCUGUAAUACUUGUUCAAGGUUCUUUCAUCAGAAAUGCCACAUCCCACCUAAAGGUACUGACAGGAACCCAUGGAGCUGCAUCUUCUGCAAGAUAAAGGUUCUUCAGGAAAGGUGCCCAGAAAGCCAACCAUGUCAUCAGGAAUCUGAGGUCCUGAAGAGGCUGAUGCUGCCUAAAGAGAAGUUGAAGUGUGAGUUCCUCCUCUUAAAGGUCUAUUGCUCUCCAAAAAGCUCUUUUUUUGCCUCAGAACCAUAUUAUAAUACAAAGACAUCUCAAGGCCUGGAGAAGCCCAUGCAGUUAAACAAAAUCAAGAAAAAUCUGACGAUGAACAUAUAUCACCGAGUACAGGAGUUUGUGCGGGACAUGCGUCUCAUCUUCCAGAACUACAGGGCGUUUUGCAAGAACAAGAAAUUCAUCAAUCUGGGACUUCAACUAGAAGCCGAAUUUGAGAGUGAUUUCAAAAACGUUUUUGGCAUCCAGGAAAUAAGUACAAACAGCAAUCGGUUUGAGCCGAUCUUUUAUAAUGUAGCCCGUUUCUAG